CACAGGUCCCCUUGCUGGUGUAAACAGUGGUGCAGGGGACAUUUCACUUCCUCCUGAGCACUCGGCUGCGCUGAGCACAGCUCUGCUUGCCAAGGCAUGAUCCACCCACCCUACACCAUCACAGCCUCUUCCAGCAACCCAGUCAUGACCCAAAACAACCAGAGCUGCUCCCAUCAGGACCUCCCCUUCAAGAGCAUCCUCUAUGCCACCACCUACACCCUCAUCUUCAUCCCGGGGCUCCUGGCCAACAGCGCUGCCCUGUGGGUCCUGUGCCGGUUCCUCAGCAGGAAGAGCAAAGCCGUCAUCUUCAUGAUCAACCUGGCUGUGGCUGACCUGGCCCACGUCCUGUCACUUCCUCUGCGCAUCUACUACUACAUCAACCACAUCUGGCCAUUUGGGGAUGUCCUGUGCUUGCUCUGCUUCUACCUGAAGUACCUCAACAUGUACGCCAGCAUCUGCUUCCUCACCUGCAUCAGCAUCCAGCGCUACUUCUUCCUGUACCACCCCUUCCAAGCCAAGAGCUGGAAGCGCCGCUAUGACGUGGCCAUCAGCACCCUGGUCUGGCUCGUGGUGGGUGCUCUCUGUGUGCCCUUCCCCAUCAUGAGGAGCCACGGGCUGGGUGCCAACACCACCAGCUGCUUUGCUGACCUGCAGGUGAAGCCGAUCGACAGCAAGGUGGGAACGGUGCUGAUGACCGGCGCUGCUGAGCUCCUGGGCUUUGUGGGCCCACUCGUCAUCAUCUUAUUCUGCACAUGGAAAACAAGAGACUCCAUCCGGGGCUUCCAUGUCCCAGAGGAAAACAGCGGGGAGAGGAGGAAGGCCCUCAGGAUGGUUUCCAUGUGUGCCAUUGUGUUCUGUGUGUGUUUUGCUCCCUACCACAUCAACUUCUUCUUCUAUAUGUUGGUGAAGGAGAAUGUUAUCACUGACUGCCUCCUGAGCACCAUCACGCUCUACACCCAGCCCUUCUGCCUGAGCCUCGCCAGCUUCGACUGCUGCUUGGAUCCCAUAAUUUAUUUCUUCAUGACUUCUGAGUUCCAGGAGCAGAUUUCCAGGCACAGCAGCAUGGCCAUCCGGAGCCGGCUCAUGAGCAAAGAGAGUGCCUCGUCAAUGAGGGAGUGACAAGAACUUGGAAGAAGCUAAGGUAUUUCAUGUGAAAUCUGAUACUGAUCUGGGAUACUCCAUUACCCGCUCUUUUGUGAAAGGUCCUGCAGGUUUGUACAAGGGAGUUUUGUGGUAGUGUAAUUUUUCCAGUAUAUAGAAGAUAAAUCCUUGUCUAAGACUGGUGUGUUGGAAUCUGGUGAGUGACCCAAUUGAUGUGACUGUCCCCCUCCCUGCGCCACCCACACCUGGCCUCACUGGACUACAGAAUACACAGGAAGAAGUGAAAAAACUUUUACUAGGAAAUGGUGGAAAAGUCCCAGGCUUUUCUUCUAUUUUCCCAGGCUCUGUGAUCAAGCCAGAGACAAUCACACAUUCAUACACUGACAUCUGCUGAAGGAUCUUCUCUGGGAAAACCACACCAGAACCUAAAACUGGCCAGUAGCAACCAAAGGACAUUGUGGUUUGUGCAGUGGGGGCUGUGGACAGGUGAAGGUCGUUUCCAUGUGUUCCUGGGUUUGGUGCAUCCCACUGGUCACCAGUGACCUCUGCUCCCCCUUUCCACACUCACCCUCCUGCUCUGCUCCUCCUUUCCCUCCUCACCCAGCUCUGUUUGCUCCCUAAUUGCUGACACAUCCCAGAACUUGCACCUGCAGCUGGUGUAACACCCUCUGCAAGGCAAAUUCUCCUCAAACAUCCAGAGAGUGGCACCUUCCCUUGCUCCAGGUGACUUUCUUCCUCUCCAAGCUGGCAAGGUGGACAUGGGCAGGUGGCUUUUGCCUUCAGACUCCUUGGGGCAGGACCAUGGUGGUCCUGGGGUCAGUGCAGGUGGGUUUGAUGGUGCUGGUGGUACCACUCAGGUUCUCACUCUCUUCUAUUUGUGGUCCAGAGGUACCUGAGAUGAAUCUGCCCCAAAAAAGCUCAGCUCAAUCUGUUCAAUUGAUGCAUCUUGUAAAAAAGAGAAGAGUCCUUGCCAAGAUGAUUUCACUGAUAGACCAGAAGUUAAGUUCAUAAACUACUGUGAUUUUUUUUCCAUCAGGUCCUGUCAUGAUCAUAAUGUUUACAUUUUUAGGUAGCUAUGCAAAGCAGUGACAAGGAAGGAUUAAUUUACCCCUUAUUUUUAAUUAGUUACAGCUCUUCAGCCAAGUCCACCCACUCUGUAACUUCAAGGGUAUCUCAUGAUACCGGGGGAUGGAUUUGGCUGAAUAGUGACCAAUUUAUUGCCUUUGGAAAUCAGUAUAUUUUCAAAAGAAUGUGAACAAUUUGUACAGUCUUGCAACAGUUGCUACAAAACCAGAAGAAAUACCAGAAACACUUGCUAUGCAUAUUUUAACUCCAACUAUUCAAUUCCAGUGAGUAAAUGUAGCUCAGCUAAAUA